AUGGUUUCGUUAAUCAACUUGUUCCCACUCUUCAUCAUCUUAACCCUACAAACUUGCCUUGCGUCCGGAGUCAAAAAACCAAACUCACCUGUUUUUUUACUCCCCUUGAUCAAAGACAAAGCCACGAGUCUCUACUACACAAACCUCAACCUCGGAAACAUUAAUCACUCUCCUCUAACGCACAGCCUCGCCAUAGAUCUCGGCGGCGGUUCAGCCGCUCUCCUCCGCUGCAAUACCGUCGUAAAAUCCACUACCUACCUCCCAAUUCGCUGCAACUCCGCUGUAUGCAAACAAGCCCAACCCGACUCGUUCUGUUUCAACAAGACCAACACUUGCGGCAAAUACGUCUCCACUUCCUUCACCGAGAAUCCACUCGACACACUUCUCGGUAUUGACUCCGUCUCUCUUCUCACCUCGAAACCUAACGGCGUCACUAUCUUCGUCCACUCUCCGUUGACUUUAUCUUGCCCCAACGACGCUAACGCCUUGAGACUCAUGCCAAAGGUUGUAAACGGAACCAGAGGUCUUGGAAACUCCUCGUUCUCGCUCCUUUCCCAGCUUGCAUCAAUGCACGAAAGCCGGAGAAAACUGACUCUCUGUUUGCCAUCUAAACCGGCCGGUUUAGGAAGCCUUCACAUUGGAGUCUCUCCAUACACUAACGAUGUUUCCAAGAACUUAGCUUCAACGCCUCUGGUAAUUGACCAAACGACCGGUGAGUACUUUAUCGACGUGAUGUCCAUCGAAAUCGCCGACACCGUCGUUCCUUUGGGUAAGAAAAGACGUGGAAACGUCAUGAUAUGUACUUUGGCUCCUUACACUGUCUUGGAAGGUUCCAUUUACAAGGCUUUGGUUAGAGAGUUUGUUAGCGAAACCAAGAUGCUGAGAGUAGCAAACGUGAAGCCUUUCAAUGCAUAUUUUAGCUCCAAAGGGGUGAGAGCUGCGGCGGCUGUUCCGGUGAUUGAUUUGGUGUUGAACGGUGGAGCUAAGUGGAGGAAUAAUCAGUGGAACUUGCUGGUUAAGGUGAAGAGAGAUGUGGUUUGUUUAGGGUUUUUGGACGGAGGUGUGACUAUGAAGACGACUGAAAUGGUGAUAGGAGGUUUUCAGAUGGAAGAUCAUCUAGUGGAGUUGGAUCUUGAAGCUUCUGAGUUCUCUUUCUCAUCUUCGCUUUUGCUUAAGAAUACUUCUUGUGGUCAGAACAUAAUUAUCUAA